AUGGUUAAUGAAGUAGAACAACCUCAUAAUAAUAAUAGUAAUACUGAACUAGAGCAACUAAACCAUAAAAAGGAAGUAAGGUAUGCAGUUUGUCAAGUAGAAGUAAUAGUUGGAAAGAAAUGUGAAAAAACCUAUAAGGUUGGUACAUCCACUAGUAAUUGCUUUGAACAUCUUGCAAAUAUUCAUGGGAUAACUAAGGAGCAAGAGGAAGCUAAUGUUGAUUCAGGACAAUCUUCGAGACCACCUAUACUCACCCCUAAUCCUAAUGAAGAAAAUACAAAUAUUGAUAUCGAAACUUUGGAAGAUGUUUUCAUAUUAGACGAAAAUCAAGAUAAUCCAGCUGAUGCUAAUAAUAAUAAAAAACAGUGUCAGAAAAAAAUAAAUUUAGAUGAACCUAUGCAAACUUCAGGAAUGUUAAAAACAGUAAAAAGUAUAUUGUAUCAAGCAAUGCUUUUUUAUUGGAAAGAAGAUCGCGAAAUAUCAUACUUACCAUCAAUACUUGAUCCUCGAAUUAAAAAGCUUGAUUUUGCACCUUAUGAAAUGGAAUGGACUCUUUAUUCUUUAAAAGAUAAAUAUGAUGACAUGAAAUUUAAUAUGUCAUUACAUUCACCUUCACAAUCUCUCCAAUCUCCUACACCUUCUGCUCCUUCUGCUCCUUUUAUUACUACUCCAACACCAUCUACACUUUACCAGUCAACACUCUUUGAUAUUUUUAAAUGCUAA